CCGAUGCUAUGGUCUACAACAGCAUGCGUAAGGGGCAUAACUUGCUUCAACCGUCUGCUCCCUCGGCAAAACCCUGCCCAACUUUGCUGCCGGCGCAGCACAACCAUGCUUGAACGCGACGCCUAGGCACCACUGGCACUACUAGCAUUGCUACAGACACUCCAAGGAGUCCUGCCGCGAUGGCGGCGAGUGACCCUGCCGCGCGGGACUGGGCCCUGCCAGAGCCGCUGCGCCGCACCGUGCAGCUGUCGUGCUAUGGAGACCUGAGCCCGCAGUUCCGACGGGCGAACCUGGAGGUGCACCGGGCCUCGCUGGCCGCGGCCGGGCUGUGGUCCGAGGCGGCCAUGCUUCGGCGGCUGCUGUACAAAAACACGCACCAGCAUCGCGGGGGCCACUUCAUGAGGUACCUACUGGAGGUACGUCGCGCUCUUGCGCAACUGCAGUCGCUGCGACUCGACGGGUUGAUGUCGGACCUGCAGCACCUGCUGCUGCAGGGCGGCGCACUCAGCGGCAGUAGCAGCAGUAGCGGCGGCGGCAGCGGUGGCGGUGGCGGCAGUAGCAAGGGCGCUGGGGCGCGCGGCGGCAAGGGAGCAGCGGCGGCGCCGGGCGCUGGUGUGGGGGCUCUGGGAGGAGGAGGCGGAGGCGGAGGCGGAGGAGGAGGAGGAGGCGGAGGAGGAGGCGGAGGCGGAGGAGGCGGAGGCGGAGGAGGCGGAGGCGGAGGAGGUCGGAAUUCGUACCGGCUGCCGGGUCGGGAGGCGGGCGCGGCGGUGAUGUCACAGCUGGUGACAGGCACGGCGCUGGUGCGCGGGCUGCAGCGGCCGCUGCACGCCGCCGCGGGUCAGCUGGGCGCGCAGUUGGCGCUCACCUACUUCGUGCCGCUGGCCACCACCGCGGCGGCCAUGUUGGCGAGGAUCAAGGUACUUUCGCUACAGCUGGCCCUCGACUGCGUGAAAGCCUACAACGACCUUGCGGAGGUACUGCCGCUACUGCCCGCAGCAGCAGGCGCUACAGCCGCCGGGCGUGCUACAGCCGACGACGCGCUGCGGCUCAGCCCGGCCCUGGCGGCGGCGCUACAGCCGGCGCCGCCGGCGGCGCCCCGGCGGGCGCAGCCGCCGCAGCAUCACGGCACGGCGGCGGCGGUGGUGGCUGCGGGCGGGGGCGCGGGGAGGGAGGCCGGCGCGCUUUCGCACAUGCAGCAGCCACCGGCAGGAGGGCCAGGCGCCGGUGUGGGGCCAGACAUCAAGAGCCGCAGCCUACGCAUGCUGCUACAGCCCUCUGCGGCCCCAGCUACAGCCCAACCCGCAGCCGCAACCGCAAUUGCCAGCGCAGCACCUUUAACCGAAGAGGUUGGUGCGGUUGGCGCGCGGGCAGCGGCGGCGGAGGCGGCCUCAGCGGUUGGGCCCGCGGGGCCGUUGGAGUUCCUACCGCAGAUGAUCCGCUGCCAUUGGGACGAGCAAGCGCCCUACCUGCCGUACGUUGAGGCCGUACCAACCGCCGCCGGCGAGCCCAGCUGGCAGCAGCGCGCCGCGCGCGCCGCCGAGCAGUACGGCAUCAUGCUCGCCGUACAGUUGGAUGAGCCGCCAGCCGCUGCCGCCGCCGCCGCUGCGCCAACCGCUACUGCGGCGGGGCCGGCGGCGGCGGCAGUUGGAGCGGCGGCGCCGCCAGGGGGGCCAAUUGCGGGCAAGGGCGGGAAACGUGGGCGCGAUGGGGCGGCAAAAGGCCUUGGCGGCGGACCCGCGGCGGGAUCUGGAUUCGGAUCUGGUUUUGGAUCCGGGUCGGAUGUGGGCGUCAAGAUUGAUCGCCGCAGCUUCUUCGACAUGAUGGCGGCUGGAUCCAAGAAGCGCACCCACGCGUCCCAGCCCAUGGCGCCAUUGCAGGUGUUUGAGGACCGCGCCGGGGCGGCAGGAGGCGCCGCCGCCAAGCGGGCACGAACCCAGCAGCCGGAGGGCGGCCCCGGCGGCCCCGGCGGCCCCGCUGCAAUGGCUUGCGCUGCGGCGGCGCCAGACCUGCACCCGGAAACGGCGGCGGCGGCGGCGGCGGACAGAGCCGCAACGGGCAGUGCCGCCGCAGCUGCGCCGGCACCUGCGCCGACUGCGGCUGUCGGCGCGGCCACCACGAAGGUGCCAACCGCUCCCGUGCCCGCCGCCUCCCCGAUCGUGCUGUCGUACGCGACACGCAGCGGCUUCGUACUUGGCCGCACGGGCGCCGCCACGUCAGCAGCAAUGGCGGUAGCAGUGGCAGCGGCAGUAGCCGGGCCGCCUGCGCCGCCGCCGGCGCCAGCAGAGGCCUCACUACCUGCGGCCGCCGUAGCUGUUGGGGGUGCUGGGGGUGCUGGAAACGCACGGGCGGCUGCCAAUGCGGAAGGGCGUCCGCUUUUGCCUGUGGUGUUGUCGGCCGCAGGAUCAGCGGCGGCAGCAGCUGGGGAUGGAGACGUGGACAUGACGGUUGAAGAGCCAGAGGCAGUAGCAGCGGCAGUAGCAGCAGCAGUAGCAGCGGCAGUAGCAGUGCCGGCUCCUGCCGCGGCCGCUGCUACAGCCGCUGCUCCCGGGCCAAGCAGUAGCUCGGGGUCGGGUCUCAAGCCGGUCGUGCUACUGCCCGGCAGCGGCGGCGGCGGGAUGGCCGUGGUCGGGGGCGCGGGAUCCAAGUCCGCUGCGGGAGCCAAGGCCAAGCCCGCGUUUCUGUCCGUUGGCGGCGGCGGCGGCGGUGGCGCUGGAGGCAGCAGCAACAGCAGCAAUGUCGGAGGUAGAAGCACGGCGGCGGCGGCGGCGCCCGUGUCAGUGUCACCAUCACCCGCGGAAGCUGGUGAUUCCCCCGCUGUAGCAGUAGCAGCGGCUGCAGCAGUUGCAGCUGCAGCGGCCCUUGCGGCGCCUCCGCCAGCACCAGCACCGGCGGCAGCAGCAGCAGCAGCGGCAGCAGCAGCAGGAGCAGCACCAGCAGCAGCUGCUGCCCCAGCUUCUCCCGCCGCUGGCGGCGCCGCUGGCGGCGCCGCUGGCGGCGCCGCUGGCGCCGGCGGGUUGAGGAGCUUGCUGUCCGCCAAGGCCCGUGUGGCGAGAGCUGCCGUGGAUGACCCCCUGCUGGGCAUCAUCAUGGCAAGCGGCAAGGCCAAGGGAACGGCCGCCGCCGGCGGCGGCGGCGGCGGCGGCAGCGGCGCUGGCGGCAGCGGUUCAGGUGGCGCGCGCGCGGGUGUUGCGGCAAGAGGAGCCAAGGGGCCCGCGGAGGGACGUGGGGGAGCGGGCGCCGGUGCGGGCGCGGGUGCUGGUGGCGGCGCGGGCGCGGGGUCUCUUUCGGCGUCGCUGGAGUUGUUGUUGGGCGGCAUUGUGCGGGCUUCUGCUGGUGAGGGGGGUGGCGGAAGCAAGCCUGCUGGCGGUCGGCAAAAGGGGAAAAAGGGCAAGUGAAGGUGAGAUGGUUGAAACCACUCUACAUUUGGGGUUGGUUGCUGGGAGCGGUGGGGCUGGGGAGUGCGCGGGAGUGUCCCCAACUGUUUUGUGUGGAUUCGGCGGAAGGCUGGGGGGCUGCAAUCGACCAUGGGUGCGACCCGCCGAGAUGGCGGCGUUUGCAUAAACAGCUCGCGGCUUAUCAAGAAACGCACAUACAUACUAUACUGAGCCCAUGUAAGGCAUUUCUGAA